AUGACCACAUGGUACCGCAUGGAUAGUCUCGUAGGGCAUCACGUUACCCCUCAGAGUACUUGCCCAAAGUUUCCUUCUAGCAGCGUACAUUUGGCUGUUGAUCAAGAGUACAACAAAAUGUCCACCGGCAAGGAACAGAUUAUCGGACUAUGCCCAGGGAUCCGGGAAAAAAGACCCGUAUCUUCCGAGGCGCCAGAAUCGUUCAGUCGAUCAAUCAGCGGAUCGACGCUGCCCGCGGACAAGCUUAGACCAGUGACCAGCGUCUGGAUCUCAGCGCGAGUGAAAAGACGACUGUUGGAGUUCCGCGCAGCAAGCUGCGACAAAAACGGUGAAGUGCAAACCGUUGUCAGUAGGAAAUCCGCAAAAUAUGAACUGUGA